AUGAAGAAAAACAACUUACCCUCUACCUCUGCCAGUGAAAAUCGAUCUCCUGGACAUCCUGUCUCCAAUCCAAGUUGUGACCAGUUCGGUUACCGAGACAAGUUUUUGUUCUUCUCAGCGAAAGACGGGAGGAUCUUUCUCAUGGUUAGCGACAGCAUUGGAGAUAAGACUGGAAACCGCCUUAGGAUGAAAAGAGGAGAUCAUAAUGAGUACCCGGCCAUUAAGACAGCAAAACUACACUAUGAACCAAGGAAUAUCGAGUUGGAGUUUGAAGACUUCGAGCAUUCUGCUGCAAUCCCGGUGAAACGUAUCUACGGAAAAAACAAGAUGACGGCAUCUAUAAUAAAGGAUCACAUGAAGACUAGAAGACUCCAGGAGUUCGUGCGGAGUCUCAACGAAAGAAUUAUGCAGAUCCGUCAUGAGCAAGAUGCGACAUCAGUCACCAGUCCAAAGGAACAUAGAAACCAGGACUCAUCAGAUACCCAUAAGGAUGAUACGGCAAAUCUGUGCAGCUACGAGGUCUUUUUCGACAGAGGCAAAAGAUGUCCUGAAAAAGCAUAUCCUACUGGAAGGAGAAGACAUGGGUUGCCAACUUCCGAUUCUUGUCGCAUCUAUGACCGGGACCAUGAGAUUCGAUGCAAAUUGCUUGAAACAGCUUAUCAUAUAGUCCAGGCUAGAAAAGAACUGUUGGAGGAGACACCAACUAGGAAAGAUACUUGCACCUGUGCCAUCUAUGUGGGGGUCACGGAAGCAGAGAAGCGGAUGCUGCCUCUAUGUAAUGCCGAACUUCAAGCAGUUCCUUAUAAUGUGCUUGAUGUUGACAGAAAAAAGAGACAAGUAAUCAACAACUUGCUCCACAUGGGACCUCCAGUGGUGAAGGAAUUCCUCAUGAUGGGCGGACAAGUAACACGUAAUACUGAAGAACUGGGAGCUGACUCUGAGAUUAUCACUGUUCUUGGAAGUCACCUUGAGGUGCCUGAGGGUUGUUUUGAUCAACCAUUUCGUAGCGCCGUAUUCGCAGUUGAGAGCUUAGGAGAAGCCGAACAAUGCCUAUUAGGCCUUAAUGACCAUCAGUGUCGCUUCCAUGGUGACGAAAAUAUCCCCACAGCCUUCAUGGUGGAUGACAUUAAGCAGGCUGCAGCCAUCCAGGAAUCCCUUAGAAGUCACUGCCUUAAAACUGGUAUUGCCAUCAUCAACAAUUCUGAAAGUGAAGGUGGGCAGCAACUCUCUGAGAGCAUUGUCGGGGGUUCUGUGAUGACAUUGAAUUGGAUCUUCAAGAGUGAUUCAUCAUUGGAGCAGAAGAAGGUACAAGCGUAUCCAGAAUGCCGGAAGACUGCGAAGGGAAAGGAAUACAUUGGAAAAAUGAAGAGGACGGAGAAUGGAAACGACUGUCUCCGAUGGGAUUCCAGGCCAUAUCCAACACCAAAAGAUUUCCAGCCAGUAUUGUCUUAUGAAGAACAUUUCCUCAAUGAGGAUCCGGGAUCUCACGAAAACUACUGCAGGAAUCCGGCUUUGAGAGAGAGGCCGUGGUGUUUCAUCUCGAACCCGGAUAUAGUAUGGGAAUUCUGCGACAUCCCCUUAUGCGAGGACCCAGGGUACCCUAAAAUCACAGGUGAGAAUGCUCAUGCCAUGGAAUAA